AUGCAGUGACGCCAUCGCCGCAUCCUGUUUGAUCUCCCCGUUUUUUUGUUUACAAAUUAUUAGUUGUACAUUAAGUUAAAAAAACAACCUAGUCUGUAAAUAUCGACAAUAUGAAUCCAGAACGUCGUGGAGCCAAAUUUACACGUUAGCCGCCGCAUGCUAACAACUUACGCCAUGUUUUGUCGGCUCGUUGACACAAGUACGUUUCUCCGAUCUCCACCGACACUUCCUGCUCUCGGCCGCCGAGCAGGACGCCCCUCUCCAGGGUGCGCUGGCUGCCAGAGUCGCCGCCGCCACCCGCCUCCCGGCCGUGAGCUUCGACCUCGGCGUCGUCCUCCUCGCCGCCGCUGCCGUUCGACGAGCACGCCGCCGGGUGGCCGGCGUCCGCUUCCCCGCGCUCGCUCACCGGGUCCAGAUCCGGGUCCAUGUCCGCUCGUUCGUCCCGGUUCGGGUCUGUUGUGUUGUUCAUCUUGAAAACAAGCGCGCUCAACAACAAAGUGACAACAUGGCCGACGCGUCGCUUAUGUGUGACGUCAUUACGCACAGGGGCCAGCCUACGCACUGUAAUCGAAAAAAAAAAAAAACAUGAAUAUGUUUUUUAUUAAAAAGGGCUGUGACCGUUACCUCGCUGUUCCGAAUGGCGAUAAAAUUAAAAACUUGUUUCAGUCACCAUCGAAAAAUCCUGACGUCAUCACAAUACGACGUGGAGACUGAUUUAAAAAUGUGAUUGGUCAAGAAACAGUCCCAUUGCUUAUAGUUGAAAUUCCGGUGGGCCAGUGAAGUCCUGGGCAGAUUAGAUUGAAAUGACAACACAGACUCUGAAACCUCAUUGGACCAAAAAAAAAAACUACCAUCCACUGAGGCGUACUGGAAGCAGUGCAGUCAAGAUAAAAGAACGAAUACACUUUUGGGAAUAAAAAAAAAUACAAUUUCAUGGAAUAAAUAUAAAAGAGAAGGCCAGACUGCCCAACACUGAUUGGAUUAUUAAAUUAUUUCAUUGAAUAAAAUCAUUCAUUAUCAUUUGUAGUUAUUGAAAAUUAAUUUAAGUGAUGAAUUAACAAUUUAUUUCAAGUGCACCCAAGCUCAUUUUUUUGUGUUUUGUUUCUUAAUACAUUAAAUAUGUCUGAGGAUAAGUGCUGAACACAUGUGCAAAGACUGAGAACAAUAUAGUACUGAAUUGUUGAGAUGUGGCUCAAAUGUUAAGUGUUAAUAACGUUAAUGAAAACCUAUUCCUAUUAAAAAAAAAGGCAUGUAUUAAAUAUUUUAUUGCAUAUAGGGUUAACAUUAUGCAAUAUUAUACACAUUGUAGUUCUUUGAAUUUUUGGUUUAUAAAUAUUGGUAGGGAUAAGAUGACAGUUAGUGAAUGCAAUCAUAAGGCACAUGUUGGCACUAUAUAAGGUGGAUAACAUGGUGCUCAUGCACAUAGCUGUACAGACUUUCUUUAUAUAUGACUUUGAAAAGAACAAAGAGCGGCACAGUAAUUUAAAAACAUAAAAUGAACAAUUAUGGAAGCCUAUUUCCAGUAAAAAAAAAAUAAAAAAAAUGGUGAAAUAAUUCUGGCGGAAAAAGAUUAUUUCUUUAUUUUUUAGAGUAUAAAUGAGGAAUAAAAUGUUAAACAAAACAAUGCAUCUUUAAAAAAAUAACUUUCCGAAUUACGAGACACUAUUGGAGAAGUAUUAAUUUUAAAAUAUGUUCAUGAUCCUGGGUGGAGAACAGUACUGCAUCUAAUAUUAUGAUCCAUUAGUUGCUUGAUUUGUUCCUUUUUCACGGGACAGUGAACGCAUCUCACCUUUUCCAGCGCGUCUUUGUGACGUAUUAUCACGUGGUUUUGCUUCGUCCCUCUUUCGUUGGAGAUUAGAUUUGCUAAGCUAACUGAGCUAACAAACCUCACGUCUUCUUUCUUAACCUUUUUUUUCGAGCCACAGAAGCGGCGAAGAAACGAGUGGCAAAUAAAGACCCGGCGAAGAUUAUUUCACGUUCCUACCGGCGACGUUUCUCUCCGCUCCCGGAGAAAAGUGUGAGCCGCCAUGUACAAUGGCAUCGGCCUGACCACUCCCCGGGGCAGCGGCACCAAUGGCUAUGUGCAGCGCAACCUGUCCACGGUGCGGGCCAAGCGGCCUCGUGACGACCGCGGUGGCGAGCGGGAUGAGAAGGACCGGGAGCGGCUGGAGAGUCAACUCAACCGGCAGCCCAAUGCCGACAUCCUUGAGCACCAGAGGAAGCGGCAGCUGGAGGUGGAGUGUGCUAAGUUUCAGGACAUGAUGGAGGAGCAGGGAUACUCGGUAGAGGAGAUUGAGGAGAAGGUGAACAGCUUCAGAAUGAUGCUGCAGGAAAAGCAGCAGCCGCCUCCUUCCGCCGCUGGUGACAAAGCCAGCGUGACAGAAACUCACGCCCUGGCGGCGGCCAACCAGCAGAAGAACGACCGCCUUCGAGCAGCCUUCGGCAUCUCCACCGACUAUGUGGACGGUUCGUCUUUCCACGCCGACCGUAAGGAGAAGGAGAAGGAGAAGCGGGAGCAGGAGCGUCUGGAGAGGGAAAGGCAGCAACAGCAGCAGGAAAAAUACACGCUGGUGGAGGACUCAGACGAGUCAGAUUCCCCACCAAAGAAACGCAGUCGGAAGAAGAAAAAGAAGAAUAAGAAGAGAGCCGGCUCACAGAGUCCCUCACCGGCUCCUCGCCGAGAGAAAAAAUCAAAGAAGAAGAAGAAACGUGAGUCCACAGUGGAGGAAGAAGAAGAGAGUUCCUCCGAUGAGAAGCAGAAGAAGGCAUCGAAGAAGAAUAAGAAGAAGCAAGCGGGUAAAAGUCCCACAAAGACAAAGGCGGCACCGCAGCGGAGCAUCUCGUCCAGUUCGUCCCGAAGUCGCUCGCCUGUGCCGGUGCGGUCACGUCAACGCAAGAUGCAGGAAGUUGACAACGGGCGCAGGCCAAGAUCUCCAGACAGGAGACGAGGCCGCGACGAACAAAGUCCGCGACGCCGUGGAAGCGACGAGAAAGAGAAAGGGAGGACAAUGGCCUCCCUUCCCAGGAGGAGACGAGACUCUUCCUCACCAUCCUCUCCUCCGCAGACGGACAGAAGGAAAGAGACGGAGAGGAGCAAAGAGAGACCAAGCGAAAGGUUGCGUUCACGCAGUAAAGAGACGGACAAGAGAAAGAGGGACAACGUGAAGGACACCCGGAGAAGAUCCAGGAGCAAAGAAACGGACAAACAGAGAGGUAGAAGAUCAAGAAGUCCAGAAAGUGGCAAAGACAAAGGAUGGGGAAGGCGAUCAGGGAGCAGCGAAAAGCAGGAAAAAGCAAAGCUGUGUCCUCCCCAGGGAAUGAGACACGACUCCUCUUCUCCUUCACCUCCCAAAGUUGAUGCCAGGAGUGGUCACAGCAGAAGAGCGCAACGUGAGGAAGAGAGGGACGCCGGGAAGCGGGACACACAGACCAGACACAACUCCUCUUCUCCUUCACCUUCCAAAGUGAACAGCAGGAGUGGUCGCAGCAAAGGAACGCAACGAGAGGACGAGAGGAAUACUGGGAAGCAGGACACACGAACCAGACAUGACUCCUCUUCACCUUCACCUCCCAAAGUGGACACCAGGACUGGUCACAGCAGAGGAGAGGUAGAGAGGCACGCCAGGAAGCACGACACAAGAACCAGACACGAGUCCUCUUCACCUUCCCCUCCCAAAGUGGACACUAGGAGUGGUCGCAGCACAGGAGCGCAACGAGACGAAGAGAGGAAUGGCGGGAAGCAGGACACACGGACCAGACACGACUCCUCUUCGCCUUCUCCUCCCAAAGCGGACGCCGGGAGUGGUCGCAGCAGAGGAGCGCAACGAGAGGAAGAGAGGAACGCUGGGAAGCGAGACACACAGACCAAAUACGACUCCUCGUCCCAGUCUCCUGAGAGGGGGAACAGAGGAGAUGCAAUGCAGACAUACAGGAGUAAAGAAGCUGCAGAUAGAGCAGACACCUCUUCUCGUCCUCCUCCGCCACCCUUCAAUGGACGCCAGGAAAAAAGCAGAGAAGAUGGAAGCAGGAAGUCAGACGAGGCAACAGAAUUUCAACGAAAACCUGACGCCAGGACCAGAAGUCCUCCAAAGAUGCAGGCGCAGGAUCAAAAAGAAAGCAGCAGUGAUAGUGACUCCUCUUCAUCUUCAUCCUCGUCAUCUUCAUCUUCGUCAUCCUCAUCUUCAUCAUCCGAAGAUGAAGACCAACCCAAGGCCAGCGAAAACAGAAAGUCGUCUUCUAUCAAAGUGGCCGUUCAAAGGUUUGUCACCAACGGACGUGCCGAGAGCUCACAGCAACCCAAAAGACCCCCCGAGCAGGCAGAAGAUGACAAAGAGCGGCCCCCCAACACAGCCCCCGUGGAUCCUCCUUCAGGCAAAAAUCACCCGGACCGCCGUAGUCCGCGAGAGAAGCCGACCGGGAGGUCCCGCUCUCCCCCGACUUACCGUGUCACCCCACCAAAGCAGUACCAGGACCCCCUACCCCGCUCGAGGAGAAGUAGUCCUCCUCCGGCCCGCCUCAGGGACCGGGAGUGGGACCGGGACCGAGGAUGGGAACGGACCGCCAGACGCAGCAGGUCCAGGACUAGGAGCCCCAGAAGGCACAGCCCUCUGCUUAGGGGGCGCCGCCCUUCUUCGCCAUCCCACAGACGACAGAGCAGUCGCUCGCCAAUCAGAAGGCGAACGAGUUAUUCGCCAUUGCCGCCACGGAAGAGGCGAACCAGUCGGUCUCCUUCGCAAUCAGUAAGGAGGAGGACCAGUCGUUCACCAAUAAGGAGGCGAACUAGUCGUUCACCAGUUAGGCGGCAAGCUAGUCGCUCGCCAAUGGGAAAGCAGACCGGUCAUUCACCAAUGAAGAAGCGGACCAGUCGCUCGCCAAUGGGAAAGCGGACCAGUCGCUCGCCAAUGGGAAAGCGGACCAGUCGCUCGCCAGUGAGGAAGCGGACCAGUCGCUCGCCGGUGAGGAGGCGGACCAGUCGCUCGCCAGUGAGGAGACGGACCAGUCGCUCGCCAGUGAGGAGGCGCACCAGCGCAGCCAGUCGCUCGCCAGUGAGGAGGCGCGCCAGUCGCUCGCCAGUGAGGAGGCGCGCCAGUCGCUCGCCAGUGAGGAGGCGGAGCAGUCGCUCCCCAGUGAGGAGGCGGAGCAGUCGCUCGCCAAUGGGCAGGCGGAGCAGUCGCUCGCCAAUGGGCAGGCGGACCAGUCGCUCGCCAAUGGGCAGGCGUACGAGUCGCUCGCCGGUGGGAAAGCGGACCAGUCGCUCGCCAGUGAGAAGGCAGAUGAGUUGCAUGAGUCGCUCGCCAAUGGGAAGGCGAACCAGUCGCUCUCCAAUACCGAAGCGGAGCAGUCGUUCGCCAAUGGGGAAACGGACCAGUCGCUCACCAUCGCCGUCAGUUAGGAGGCGGCUCAGUCGGUCGCCAUUGCCUCCAAAAGGGAGCCGGCCAACCAGUCGCUCGCCUUCGGCGCCAGUGAGGAAGUGGACCAGUCGCUCGCCAAAGGGGACCGAUCACUGUGCAUCCUCAGAAGGCGCCAGGAAGCAAGAUAGCGAAGCAGACAAGCCUCGAGGUAGGCUGGAGCAGCGAACGCCGCCGGGGAAAGACGCUCGGCAGCCCAGCAGAUCGUCGUCCUCGUCUUCGUCUUCCUCCUCCUCCUCCUCCUCCUCCGACUCCUCGUCAUCAUCCUCCUCCUCGUCAUCUUCACCUUCGCCAAACAGGAAAGAUGUGAACCCUCCGGAGGGCGAGAAGAAAAACCAGCAGGAAGACGAGAGACGAGAGUAUAGGACUCUGAAAAGCGGAUGCGACUCGUCGUCUCGUGCGGCGGUGCGAGGCUCCGGAGACCAAUCGGAGCACAGCGAGUCGUCAAGAGCCACGAACAGGAAGUCAUCGCCACCUGCGGCCUGUCCUCCGGUCCGGCAGGAAGUGGUCUCCGAGCACGUCGGCGGGAAGGAAUUGAACAAGAAAGAAAGCAGGAGCAGCAGCUCCUCCUCUUCAUCUUCAUCCUCCUCCUCCUCCUCCUCUUCCUCCUCCUCUUCAGACAACUCCGACUCGGAGGCACAGCCAGGAAAAGGGAAAGCUAAAGCUGGGAGUUCCAGAUCGUCCUCCUCCUCUAACACUGAAAAAGACGAGAAGGACAAGAGGCUUCCGGCAGACUCGCUGCGAGAUUCUCGCUCUCUGAGCUAUUCUCCUCCUCGACACAUGCGACGGGCGCCCACCACCUCGCCGGGACGCAAGUCAGGCGGUCGGACCCGCUGAUCGCCACUGCUGACCCGGAAUGUGAACUUUGACCUUGAACGAGCUCCUCCUCCUCGCCGACGGCAGGAAGUGAAGCAACCGGAACCGGAAGCGAAGACACGCCCGCUACACAAUACUUCCCGUUGUCGUGACAGCCCUUCACAGUAUGGAUGCGUCAUGUGACUUCUGCUAUACUCGUCAUGUCCUCUCACUUGACGUCCUUAGUUUCGUUGUGGUUCCUUGAGAUGAUGAUAAUAAAGUUAAUUGUACAUUUUAUUGCUGUGCAAUUGGUUGCCAUCGCCAUCUCUUUUUCGGUUAUUCCUUUUUAAGGAUUUGAAAAUAAACCAACUUCUUUAGUUCCUUUUGUGGCUCUGAUGGAUGUUGGUGUGAAAUGUGCUUGUUUAUCAGUCCAAGGAUGAAAACUAAAUGUAUUGUCUUUUUUUCUUCUUCUUCUUCUUUUUAAUAAAAACGGAACCGUUGGUCAAUCGUUGAGCCAAAUUUGACAGAUAUGAGAAAAACCGCCGACACUUUCAUUUCCUCAAAAUUAACCUCAGUGGAUUGUUGUUCACUUAACGUCAGAUAAAUGACACCAUGGGAAAAGUAUAUGGAUACCAAGUAAAUGAAGCCCCUUUAAUUCUAGGAUGUGGCCUAAAAUGUAAAAGGAGUAAAUAAAAUGUUUUAAACUUUU